AAUCGAACCCACAUCUCCUGCAUUGGCAGGUGGAUUCUUUACCCCUGAGCUAGCAGGGAAGUCCCUCUUGAAACAUAAGAGGAAAGAGCCAAGGGAUUAGAGAGGCAACAAGGUGGAAGCAGGGGUGUUUUUGUCCCAGGUCUUUAGGUCUCCCAAUCAAGUCCCCAUUGGGAUCAGAGCUAGAUGUAGUCGACUGGGACAGAGGAACAUUACCUCUUUGGUGGGGGGGAAGGCAGUAAGUGAAAUCACUAAGUAUCAAGACCUGUCUUGCUGCUGAGGAAUUCAUAGAGACGGCCAAUCUGGGAGUCUUUAAGUAGAGUUCUUCUGAAUUGAUGAAACCAUAAAGCUUAGAGGCCAUGCCUAGAUUCUAGUCACCUUCCUUGGGUAACCUGGAUCAGUCCUAGAAGUGUUCUCAUCCCUCACCACAAGUUGUGAUGCCCAUUCCAUAGCUCAUGUGGAUUUUCAGAAAAAGUGAAUCCUUAACAGCCAUCGAUGACAUUGAGAUUCCUCAAAGUACUGCUGGAGAGUCCAAGCAAGACCCUGAAGGGUCCUAACAAAUCUUUUCUUUCACUCUGGCAGUGUUUGGCAGGAUGGGGUAGGGAGGGGGUAACAUGUGGGUUCUGCUUCCUGGAGAAGGACAAAAUUUUGAUGGUUCAAGUGAAAUAGUGGGAGUUUCUGAAGUUACACAGGAAGUUGUUGGGACAGAACCCUGAGAAGUUUUGUACCACUUUGUCUUCCCUGUUGAGUGCCAUCUGAGCUGUCAAACUUUGCUGCCAAGGGAACUGAAUCAACCUGCAGCACGAAAUGAGUGGGGAGGUAGGAGGCUUCUGUGACACGGAUUUGCAGCGCCGGUUCCUAAGGUUUCCAGGACUGAGGAGACUUUAUAAUUGGUUGAGAGCAGACAGACUUUUGGGCCAAUCAGACUUAGAGCCGAGGUGGGGGAUCUGAUCUUCUAGCCCGCCUCUCCUCCCCCAGCUCCCCAGCUCCUCUCAGAUUCAAUUCCCCUCCCCCUCAACCCACCCCCGCCAUUUGGUGACUAAGAAGAACUGCUGCAGGCAGACAAGCCUCGGAGCAAUUUUUAAGAGGCUGGAAGGAGACAUAAGAGAUUUCAGCUGCUACAUUCCAAGCCCUGGGUCUACCUUGGCGACAGGACAGCUCAGAGUCAGUGUCCAGGAAGGGACUUCUGGGUCAUGGGGCCCAAGACAUCCCCACAGCUCGCUGGGAAAUGGCAAGUGCUGUGCAUGUUGUCCUUGUGCUGCUGGGGCUGGGUGUCUGGGCAGCUUCGUUACUCUGUGGUGGAGGAGUCCGAGCCGGGGACGCUGGUGGGGAACGUUGCUCAGGAUCUAGGCUUAAAGGUGACAGAUCUGUUGAGCCGCCGGCUGCGGUUGGGCACUGAGGAGAAUGGGCAAUAUUUUUCCCUGAGCUUGAUGAGUGGUGCUCUGGCAGUGAAUCAGAAAAUUGACCGAGAGAGCCUGUGUGCAGCCAGCACCAGCUGCCUGCUGCCAGUACAGGUGGUGACCGAACACCCCCUGGAACUAAUCCGUGUAGAGGUGGAAAUCCUGGAUCUCAAUGACAACUCUCCAAGCUUUGCCACCCCUGAGCGAGAGAUACGCAUCUCAGAGUCAGCUGCACUGGGGGCACGGUUCCCACUGGAUAGUGCCCAGGAUCCCGAUGUGGGCACCAAUACUGUGAGCUUCUAUACUCUAAGCCCCAGCAGCCACUUUUCUCUGAAUGUGAAGACCCUAAAAGAUGGGAAGCUGUUCCCAGAACUGGUGCUGGAGCAGCAGCUAGACCGUGAAACCCAGGCAAGACAUCAGCUGGUGCUCACAGCUGUGGAUGGGGGCGUCCCAGCCCGCUCAGGGACCACCCUUAUCUCUGUCACUGUGCUGGAUAUCAACGAUAAUGCUCCAGCCUUCCAGUCCUCAGUUCUACGUGUGGGACUCCCGGAGAAUGCACCCGUGGGUACAUUGCUUCUCCGCCUCAAUGCCACUGACCCAGACGAGGGCACUAAUGGCCAACUAGACUAUUCUUUUGGAGACCAUACGUCUGGGGCAGUGCGGAACCUCUUUGGCCUAGACCCUAGCAGUGGAGCAAUCCAUGUGUUGGGUCCCAUUGACUUCGAGGAGUCAAGUUUCUAUGAAAUUCAUGCAAGAGCCCGUGACCAGGGACAACCAGCCAUGGAAGGCCACUGUGUGAUUCAAGUGGAUGUGGGGGAUGCCAAUGACAAUGCCCCAGAGGUACUACUGGCCUCUUUGGUCAACCCUGUCCUGGAAAGCACACCAGUGGGCACAGUAGUGGGAUUGUUUAAUGUGCGGGACCGAGACUCGGGGAGAAAUGGUGAAGUGAGCCUCGAUCUCUCUCCAGACCUGCCAUUUCAGAUUAAGCCUUCUGAGAACCACUACUCACUCCUAACCAGCCAGCCUUUGGACCGUGAGGCCACAUCCCACUAUAUCAUUGAGCUGCUGGCCCAUGAUGAGGGCUCGCCUCCCUUGCAUGCACAUCUCACCAUCAGGCUCAACAUUUCAGAUGUAAAUGACAACGCACCCUACUUCACCCAGCAGCUCUACACGGCUUACAUCCCAGAAAACCGGCCUCCAGGCUCCCUUCUCUGCACCGUGGCUGCCUCCGAUCCAGACACUGGGGAUAACGCCCGUCUUACCUACUCUAUUGUAGGGAACCAGAUUCAGGGCUCCCCAGCCGCCUCCUUUGUGUAUGUCAACCCCGAGGAUGGGCGGAUCUUUGCCCAGCGUACUUUCGACUACGAACUGCUGCAGAUGCUGCAGAUUGUGGUGGGCGUUCGAGACUCUGGCUCCCCCCCGUUGCACGCCAACACCUCUCUCCACGUAUUUGUCCUGGACCAGAAUGAUAAUGCCCCAACUGUGCUGCACCCUAGACCGGGUCGGGAAUUCUCACUCCCCCAGCGUCUCCCUCGCUCUGCCCCUCCUGGCUCCUUGGUCACCAAGGUGACAGCCGUAGAUGCUGAUGCAGGCCACAAUGCCUGGCUCUCCUAUUCACUGUUGCCACAGUCCACAGCCCCAGGGCUGUUCCUGGUGUCUGCACACACUGGUGAGGUGCGAACAGCCCGGGCCUUACUGGAGGAUGAUGCUGACACCCAGCAGGUGGUGGUCCUGGUGAGGGACAAUGGUGACCCUUCACUCUCCUCCACAGCCACAGUGCUGCUGGUUCUGGAAGAUGAGGACCCUGAGGAAAUGCCCAAAUCCAGGGACUUCCUCACACACCCUCCUGAGCGCUCAGACCUUACCCUUUACCUCAUUGUGGCUCUUGCGGCCACCAGCCUCUUAUCCUUAGUCACCUUCACCUUUCUGUCAGCUAAGUGCCUUCGGGGGGACGGGGAUGGGGGUGGGGGUCAGUGCUGCGGGCGCCAGGACUCGCCCUCCCGGGAGUUCUAUAAGCAGUCCAGCCCCAACCUACAGGUGAGCUCAGACGGCACACUCAAGUACAUGGAGGUGACGCUGCGGCCCACAGACUCGCACAGCCAUUGCUACAGGACGUGCUUUUCACCAGCCUCCGACGGCAGCGACUUCACUUUUCUAAGGCCCCUCAGCGUUCAGCAGCCCUCAGCUUUAGCGCCGGAGCCCAUCGCCUUCCGGUCCCGCUCUAACACGCUGCGGGAGCGGAGCCAGGUGAGGGGCUCCCAAGCUACCCCUGGGGGCAGAAAUGGAGACGCCGCCCACCCACAUCAGGGACUUUGAACUUGGCAUCCGCUCCCUCUGGUGGGGCUUGACUCGAAUGUCGGGACUGUCUGGAUGGAUUGUGCGGAAGCAGAGGUGUGGCCGAGGCAGGGAUGGGGCGCUGUGCCUGGGGAGUUGAUGGCGACUGUGGGUGAUGGGGAGAGAGGAUAGGGCAGACAGAAAAGCAUGGGGUCUGGCGAUCACUCUGGCGUUUUCCACCAGAUCUGGGUCCAGGUAGAGGCAGUCACAGAUCCUCUUCUGCAGCCAGCCUCCUAGGCUCUGAUGCGGGCACACUCUGCUGGUCUUGAGGUUUUUUCUUAGGUUUCUUCCCACUCUCUUGACCGGUGACUUCACUGUAAUUGACAACCCUCUUUAUUCCCACAUCAAACUAAUGCGUCUGUGGUUGGCGCAUGUGCCACGCACAGCACACGGGCUCGCCACACCUCACCUGCGCAUGCCCCUCGCACCUGGCCAUCCUUGUCCUCAUACACCGCCUUAACUGCCAGCUGCUUGCAGCGGGCUGUCCCAGCAACUCACAACUCACAACUUCCCUCCACCUUGCUGCCAGCCUCAGAGGUUUUAACCUGAGGGAGAUACAGGUUAUCCCUGCCUUGGCCUUGACCGGUGGCCUCCUGGCAGGCCUCUUGGCCACCCCAGUCGCUAGUGCUGCAGCCAUGUGGGCGCUCUAGGUGCGGGGCUGGCGGGACUCUGUGACCCAUGGGCUGGUGGGUCGGUCUGGGCCCAGACCCUGAGCAGAGGUUGGUGGGGGCCUCCAGCCCAGAAGCCUCGCUCAGGAAGGCCAAACUGCCCUGUGGCUCAAGGGGCGGCGGGGCUGGCCUGGGACAAGGGAACAGGCCUCUGUAGGACAGGCCGCCUUGGCCCUCUGUGGUGCCACCAACCUGUCCUAUGGCUGGAAGUGGGAACCUGGAGCACCUGGGUUCUGGCCACUAGGACACAGGCUUUUGGCUCCGUCGUGCCCACGGUGGGCCCAGCGGUCUACCGUCAGGGCUUUGUGUGUUCAGUUGCUUCAGUUGUGUCCGAUUCUUUGCCACCCUAUGGACUGUAGCCCACCAGG